AUGCUUUUCAAAGUUGGGAAUGUGAGACUGAUGAGAGAACUCAGGGAGCAGGGAACGUGGAUUCUACUUGAAAACCCCCAGACUCACCAUGAGGGAGUGUGUCUGCUGGUGAGAGUUCUGCUAAGAUCUGACCUAGUAACACCUGAGAUCAUCCAGAGCCUCCUCGCCUGGGUGAAUUCCCCGACAGAAAACUACCGAGUCACCAGCACAGCUUUCCUUGCCCAGCUAAUGAGUGAUCCCAUGCUCAGGGAGAAAAAGUUCCUUAAGAGUGUCUUACGCGUCUUGGAAGAAAGGUCACAGGAUAGGAACAGCAUUGUCCGUCAGAUGGCUGUAAGAGGCCUGGGAAAUAUAGUCGAUGGGGCGCCUCAGAAGGUGAAAAAGCACAAGAAGUUUCUUCUGGACAUACUGAUCGGGGCCUUACAUGACAUUUUCAGUUCUGAAGUCAUUGGCGAGAGCAUGAAUGCACUGGCCAAAGUCCUGAAGCAACUGAAAGAGAAGGACAUCGGUUCUUCCUUCAGAGACCUCACCCAACAGAUCCGGACCUACUUUGACGAUGAGGAUGAUGCUCUUCGCUCAGUGGCCUUUGUCCUAUUUGGCAUCCUGGCUCAGUUGACAAAGAAAAAAUGGAAGGCCUAUUUCACCGAGCAGGUUCGAAAGAGCUGGGUCACGCUUCUGCUGCACCUGCAAGACCCAAACCCCCAGGUUUCAAUGAAAUGCAGAGCUACAUUUCACCUCUGUUUCCCGUUUUUGGGACUGAAGAGACUCCAACAUGUGAUUAAUAAGCACCUUGAUGACACAGCCAAGCUGAAUCCUACAGAACUCCAGGAGGACAUUUGCAGACACCUUGCCAAAGAGAACUUAGAACUGCUGGAGAACUUAUACAAAACCACCCUCUCGUACUUCUACAGCAGCUUGGAAGGGAUCCGGGCAGCUGCCGCCAAGUUAGCUGGCAUCAUCCUGGAACACAUAGAAAUGCACCUUAUGAAAUGGCUGUACCGGGGAUAUCUGCUGAUGUAUCUCCAGGUCCUAGAGAAAGAUCCAAGUCCCACUGUCCAGCUGGUGGCAACUGAGAUCAUAAGUGACAUCCGUUCUGGUGGAGUCCUUGAGAAAUGAAGCGGAACGGAGACA